AUGAAUCGGCGAUCCACCAAGACAGAUGCGGCCCGUGCGGUCGACGUCAUGAAGACCUUGUUUGAAGCUCUAGGUCCCGAUACAACAUCGACCCCUUAUAUGGGAAAAGUUUUUCCCUUUCCCCUUCCACGACAACUUCUUCGAGGAUGA